AUGAAUAAUCAGAAAAUUAUCAACAAUGUUUACAUUACAAAAAAAAGAAUUUCUGCUGGGUCAUUUGGAGUUGUCUAUCAAGGGUAAGAUAUUAAUACAAGAAAUUUUGUUGCCAUCAAGAUUGACAAAGAAAAUAAAGAAGACUCAAGCUUAUUAAGAGAAGUAUUAGGAUUUCUUAUUUUAGGCCGAAAUUUUAAGAAGACUGCAACAUUUAUUACACAUACCGAAAUUGUAUUGGGCUGGAAAAGAACAAGAAUCCUAUGUUCUGGUCAUAUAAUAUUUAGGGAGAGAUUUGACUCAUUAUAUGAAGACUUUUCGAAAAUUCUCUCUGAAAUGUGUCCUUAAUGUAGCUGAAUAGAUGAUCAACAUAUUAGAAAGUUUACAUAAGAAGUAUAUUGAUUACUUAGUUUAGCAAAGUCUUGCAUAGAGAUAUCAAACCAGAAAAUGUCUUAGUUGGGAAGGAUGACGAUGAUAAUCAGCUCUACAUUGUAGAUUUUGGCAUCAGUAAGUUUUACAAAGAUGAAAAUGAAUCCCAUAUGUAUCAUUCCAUUUAAUUUAAACUUAGCUCUUUUCGAGAAAAUUAGCCAUUUAUAGGAACUUCUAGAUAUGCUAGUAUCAAUGCUCACAGAGGCUACUCUUUGAGUCGGAGGGAUGAUAUGGAGUCGCUUGGCUAUAUGCUCAUAUUUUUACUCAAAGGUAUAUUGAUGAUUAUUAACAAAAAGGGUAGUUACCAUGGUAAAAUUUAUAGUUCACCUCAGAGGAAAAUAAAAUUAAAUAGGUAGGUUAAAUGAAAAUGAAGAUGGAAGUGAGUGAAUUAUGCAAAGGCCUACCCAUUGAAUUUGGAAGAUAUUUAGAUUACGUUAGAGGCUUACCUUUUAAAUCCGAACCAAAUUAUAAAUACUGUUAAUCCUUAUUUAAAAAAAUAUAAAACGAACACAAUUAUGUCCCAAAGGAGCUUGUUUUUGAUUGGAACAUCUCUCAAAGGGGCGAUAAAGAGGGUUAGAGCACAAGCAGUAAUUUAUUCAAUAGCAAACCGUCGAUGUAAAUAAAGAUACCUGAUAAUUAUAGAUUUAAAAAAUCCAAGGAAGAUAUGUCAUCCAAUAACAUUAUGGGAUCUCAAUUAAAUUAGUCAAUCGAAUAGGAGAUGAAUUCCUUAUUAAAGACUCCUGAAUAGAAAAGAUCUACUUUAACUCCUGAGAUCCAUCGAAAUAAGGGUAGAAUGUAAUCUAUGAGCAGUUAUAAUGACUCAGUAUCAGAGAUUGAUUUCAAUAAUAGUGUUUUGUUGGGAAUCUAGCCUAGCAUAUUAAGUAGAUUAAGCAAGAUUUCAUUUAACUCAAAUUCAAAGGUGAGAAAUAGUAAGUCUAAUAUUUCUUUGACUCCUGAGAUUAAAGCAUAAGGCAAGGUCUAACAAAUUCAACCGGAUCCGUAUUUAGAAAAAUUAACAGGAGUAAAGAAACGUAAAUCCUAGCUUAGUUAUUCUUCUCGUCGCGGCAAGAAGGAUGAUGAAACUAUUUUCGAGUGCUCAAAGAUGAAUGAGGCUGAAGAAGGGAUAGAAAGAAAAUACAUAGAACUAAAGCAUCGUUUUGUAAAUGCGUAUGUAAAUUUAAGUUAUUAAAUAGUCGUUUCAAAUUUCAGCCAAAUAAAAGUCUAAAGUGA